CUUCUUGGAAUCAGCAACAAAACCUCUCUUCUUGAAAUCUCUAAUGACUUUUCAACCUUCCAGGCCGCGCAGUCUCGUAACGGAGUCAAACCCAAUUAACAUUGCGUAGCGCACAAUCUACCAGGCAGUCACCGUUAUCUAUAAAUAACUCCGUAUUUGUAAUCACGAAUUUGAAGAACCAUUUUUGGUCCUCUGAUUUGCUUGAUUAUUUCCAGAUUAUUUUUAUGAACCUGUUUCGCUCACGUGUGUCAACCUCAGUCGUAUCUAGAAUGGCCGGAGAGCUAGGAUCCUCUGCUUCCGUUCCCACCACCACAUCAUCAUCAUCAUCAUCAUGGGCAAAAACAAGAUCUUUGUGGCCUUCUAUUCUCCGUUGGAUCCCCACUUCCGUCGAUCACAUUAUCGCCGCCGAAAAACGCCUUCUCUCUCUAGUCAAGACUUCGUAUGUGGUAGAGCAAGUGAAUAUUGGUUCGGGUCCACCGGGGUCGAAAGUACGAUGGUUUCGAUCUACGAGUGAUGAGCCUAGGUUUAUUAAUACGGUGACGUUUCAAAGUAAAGAGGAUUCUCCCACGCUUGUAAUGGUCCAUGGAUAUGGUGCUUCUCAAGGUUUCUUCUUCAGAAAUUUUGACGCUCUUGCUAGUCGUUUUAAGGUCAUUGCCAUUGAUCAGCUUGGUUGGGGUGGAUCAAGUAGACCUGACUUUACCUGCAAAAGCACUGAAGAAACUGAGGCGUGGUUCAUUGAUUCCUUUGAGGAAUGGCGAAAAGCGAAGAACCUUAGUGGCUUUAUAUUACUCGGGCAUUCUUUUGGCGGGUACGUUGCGGCUAAAUAUGCACUCAAGCAUCCUGAGCAUGUUCAGCACUUGAUUUUAGUGGGACCUGCUGGAGUUUCGUCAGAAUCGGAAUCCAAGCCUGAGCGGCUCACCAAAUUGAGGGCAACUUGGACAGGAGCUGUUUUUAAUCAUCUGUGGGAAUCUAAUUUUACUCCUCAGAAGGUUGUUAGAGGUUUAGGUCCUUGGGGUCCAGAUCUCGUAAACCGCUACACAACUGCUAGAUUUGGUGCCUAUUCAACUGGAGAAGUUUUGAAUGAGGAGGAGUCCAAAUUGCUAUCAGAUUAUGUGUACCAUACUUUAGCUGCCAAAGCUAGUGGAGAGCUGUGCUUGAAAUAUAUUUUUUCAUUUGGAGCAUUUGCUCGGAUGCCCCUUGUACAGAGGGUGGAGAAAUGAGCUUCUUACAAAAGCCCGUUCUGCUGAGACCAUUUCGUCUGUGAAAUGGCAUGCAUCCGCUUUUGGUUGACCAAAAGAAUGUUGGAAAACCCGGACAUGGUGAAGAAAGAGCAAGCGAGUUAGAGGGUGCCAAUGGGUUUUAUUCAGAAACUUCGUGUCUUCCUCUUUGCAAAUGAAAUAUGAGUAUCUUCUAAAAUGAAUCUAGAACUUAGUUUUGAAUAUUAGCUAGCAGUCCUAGGGAAAUCACUAUUCCAGCAUACGUCUAUUUUCCAGCGCUAAACAUCCUCUGAUUUAGGACGAUCAUCAUCUCAUCUUAGAUGAGCUUUGGAUAGUUACCAUAAAUGAUGCAUGGAUGCUUGCAUUGCGAAAUAGGAUGCUUGUGCUUUCUCUUUUAACAUUCAAAAUAAAGUCCCACUGAAGAAGUUACUAGACACACCCAUGUUUCAU